AUGUUCAGCAAAAUUGUAGCUUUCGGUGCUUUGGUAGCGGCCGCAAACGCUGGUCUACUCCAUGGACAUGGCGCUGCCGUGUCUUCUCAAAGCAUAGUCCGCCAUGAUGCAAGCUACGGAGCCGCUCCUCUAGCCCAUGCCGCAGUACCUGUUGCCCAGGCUGUCCAUUACGCUGCUCCUGCUGCCGACUACGACGGUCAUGACUACUAUGCUCAUCCCAAAUACGACUACACGUACUCGGUAGCAGACCCUCACACCGGUGACCACAAGUCCCAACAUGAAAUCCGCGAUGGCGAUGCAGUGCACGGAUCUUACUCUCUGCUCCAACCUGAUGGCUCCGUCCGUACCGUAGACUACACCGCCAAUGACCACACCGGUUUCAACGCAGUAGUACACAACUCCGCCCCUGCUGUGCACCCCGCACCCGCUCAUAACUACCACCAUUACUAA